AUGGCCGCGCAGCCGCACGCCAAGCUCACCCAGAGCAGCGACGACUCUGCCGGCUCUACCCUGUCUUCCAACAAAGACGAAGCCUCUGCCGCCUCCGGCCUGGGCUCCGUCGUCUCCAGCCCAGACUCGCAAGCCCAGAACACCACGACCCUGUCCGUCGACACCCUCAACCUUGAAGCCGCCCAGUCUACCUCCAUCGUCAACCGCCUGAGCGAGACCGUGGCCCAGCUCCAAAAGGGCCAGCUCAGCCAGAGCGAGCGCUUCGAGGCCGUCAAGUUCAUCGUCGACCACAUCCAGCACCACCCCGACCAGAAGAAGCGUACGGACUAUGCAAAGUUUGCCGUCAAGACCCUCAAGUCCAUGAUCACGCUGAAUUGCGAUCCUGAGAUCCAGUACUAUCUCGGCAACCUCUACAUCGGCGGCGUCCCUGGUGAUCCCGCUCCCCACAAGUCCAACUUCGCCAAGGCAUACAAUAUGUACUCGUCCGCCGCCAAGAAAGACCAUCUCGAGUCCAUCUACCACGUUGCCCUCUGCCACGAGCGAGGCGCCGGCACUUCCACCAACAAGUCCAAGGCUGCCCACAAUUACAAGAAGGCCGCGAUGCUCAACCAUCCUGGCGCCAUGUACCGCUUGGGCAUGUCGCUACUCCGCGGCGAUCUCGGCCAGGCAAAGAAUGCCCGUGACGGUGUCAAGUGGCUGCGGUUGUCGGCCAAGUACGCCACCCCAAAGUAUUCGCACGCCCUCUACGAACUGGCCAUGCUCCACGAUCAGGGCGUCCACAACGUCGUCUGGACCGACCACGAGUAUCUGAUCAACCUCCUGACCCAGGCGGCCGCCCUCGGCCACACCGCGGCGCAAUACCGUCUGGGCGAGGCUUACGAGUAUGCCAAGUUUGGUGUUUCGGUCGAUCCUGGACGCAGUGUCUACUACUACUCGCUCGCCGCCUCAAACGGCCAUCCCGAGGCCAUGUUCGAGCUCGGAGGCUGGUUCCUGACCGGCACCGACGACCCAAACACCGGCUUCCAUCUCGACCAGUCUGACUCGGAUGCCUACUACUGGGUCUACAAGGCCGCCGACAAGCACCGUCUCCCCCGCGCCAUGUUCGCCGUCGGCUAUUUCCACGAAACCGGCGUCGGAUGCGCCGUCGACCUCGAAAAGGCCAUGGAGUGGUACAAGUUGGCAUCGGAUGCUGGCGAUCCAAAGGCCAUCAAACGUCUCACCGGCAAGGAUCCUGAGCCUCAGCCUACCGACACCAACAAGCGCGGCAAGCGAUUUAUCCGCCGCACCCUCAGCAAGAGCAAGUCCACCAGCUGCACGAUCUGCUAA